AUGUCUACCAGACGCGUAAAUUACUAUGAAAGCAGCGCUUCUCCCCCUCGAAUCUCAUAUACUGAGCGCUUGGUAGAUCUCAUGCGAACAGAUAUCGAAAGUCGUGCCAGUUCUCUAGAUGCCAGGCUCAUUAGAGCAGACUAUUAUUAUGGACUCAUAGAAGCACGGCAGCAGGAGCGUGUUCGGGUUAUAAGGAUGGCAGACAACAUCAUCGAACAGGCCCGUCGCACUAUUGAAAGGGCUGAGCAGGCGAUUUCCAACGCAAGAGAGGGGCUUUUCGCGGACCUCGAAGCUAGCGAUGGAGAAACGGAAGCCGACACUGAGCUCGCACCGGCGGCUCCCUUGGUCGAUGUCGGAACCAGAAGACGCUGGGAAAGGCCGGAUGGGCCCGCAGAUGCGUAUCGGGCCGAUGUGGCAGAACCGGGGGGGACCCAUUCCAAUGAAAUCAACAGAAUCUCGAACGUGUUGGAGCUUCGUGAUGGCAACGCGGUACCCCCACACAUACACAACACGUAUCUUAUCUCAGCGACAGAGGCCGGAAGGGCGGCGGAGGAGACUGGAGACAGAACAUGUGGACCGACAAGAGAUGAGCGAGUUAUUCCAAAGGCCGAGGACUUGGAGGCGGUGGAGGCGACCGGGGAAAGCUCUGAAGUGAAGAGGACUUCCGGACGGACAGCGAGAGAGAGACCAGUGUCUGGCUAUCAUAAUCUAGGGGUCAACAAGAGUACUAAUAAGCGGGCUAAAAUCGACUGA